AUGCCCCGCAGACCCCCUGGGACCCCUCGGCGGAGGCAGCCUCGCCGGCCUUUGGCAGAGAGCCGAAGUGGGAGCGGCUCCGAGGGGGGCGGGAGCGGCUCCGGGGGAUGCAUCUGCGAGGACACGCUGGGGUCACAACCCCACGUUCUCCAGUCUUCGGCGGCGCCGGACUUCCCGCCGCGGCUGGUCCUGGGUGCACUUAGUGCGGCAGGGAGGGAAGAGCUCCCCCAGGGCCCAUUCCCCGUGCGAGCUGAGUGCGUUUUCCGUAUUCUGCCCUUCCCCAACAAAGAGGAGUGGAGAAUGGCUUCUGGACUUCUGAUGGCCAGGUCAAUGGCACUUAAAAACCACCUGAGAAGGGGCCCAUGGACUUUGCCAGAUUCCGACCAAGGGACACAGGACCCAGUCACAGUGAAUCUGGAACUGAUGACGUUCCAGGAUGUGGCCGUGGACUUCACCCAGGAGGAGUGGGGACACCUGGAGCCGGCCCAGAAGGACCUGUACAGAGACGUGAUGCUGGAGAACUAUCAGAACUUUGUCUCCCUUGGAGGUCUGCCAGCCCCCAAGCCUCAUGUGAUCUCCCAGUUGGAGAGAGGAGAAGCGCCGUGGAUAGCUGAGAGAGAAGCCCUGCAAGGCUUUUGUCAAGACUCCUUUAUUCAGCAUGCAAGAUAUGAGAUCCAGGAGCCAUCUGUAAAUUACGACAUUUUUAUGGGAGCAUCAACCAAAGAGAGAUUCACAAAGAAUCCCAUUUGGAAUUCUAAGUUAGGUGAAGCUUGGGAUUUUAAUGUCUGGUUGGAAGAUCAUAAGGGAAAAGAGGAGAGGUGGUCCCAGCAAAUUGCAGUCAGUCACAGAACAUCUUCUAAUGAAUUGGAUAUUUAUGAACAGAAUGUUUUUGGGAGAAGGUUCAAGUUAGGGUCUGUUCUGGUUCCCAGACAAAGAACUACAGGAGUACAGCACCAUCAACAUGACACACUUGGAAAAAGCUUCAAACAGUUGUCAGACAUAAUUGAUCACAAUAGGAAUUCCUUAGGGAAGAAAAUUUGUAACUAUAAAUGCAAGAAACCUAUCAUUUAUCACUCAGACCUUUUUCAGUAUCAUAGAUUACAUGGAGAGAAACAUCAUGCAUGUACUCAGUGUGGGAAAACCUUCAGCAGUAGUUCAUGCCUUAUUGCGCAUCAGAGAAUCCAUACUGGAGAGAAGCCUUUUAAAUGUAAUGAAUGUUCAAAAGCUUAUCGACGUAAAGCACAUCUUAUUCAACAUCAGAGAAUUCAUACUGGAGAGAAACCCUAUGUGUGUAAUGACUGUGGGAAAGCUUUCAGCAUUGAUUCAUCCCUAGUUAAACACCAAAGAAUUCAUACUGGAGAAAAGCCCUACAAGUGUAAUCAGUGUGGGAAGGGCUUUAGCCAAAAAGGACACCUUAAUCAACACCAAAGAAUUCAUACUGGAGAGAAACCUUUUACAUGUAAUGAAUGUGGGAAAGCUUUUAGCCAAUAUAAACACCUUAAUGAACACCAGAGAAUUCACACUGGGGAGAAACCCUAUGAAUGUAAUGUAUGUGGGAAAGUUUUUAGACAGUUUGGAAACCUUAGUAAACACCAGAGAAUUCAUACUGGAGAGAAACCAUAUAAAUGUAAACAGUGUGGGAAAGCUUUCAUUGAUAAUUGUGUUCUUAUUCAGCAUGAAAGAAUUCAUACCGGAGAGAAACCUUAUAUAUGUAAUGAAUGUGGGAAAGCUUUUAGUCGAGGGAUAUGCCUCAAGAAACACAAGAGAAUUCACACUGGAGAGAUACCAUAUAAGUGUAAUGACUGUGGGAAAGAAUUCACUGACAAAACAUCCUUUAUUUGUCACCAGAAAAUUCAUACUGGAGAGAAGCUCCAUGAGUGUAUUGACUGUGGGAAAACUUUUUGCCAGAAGGCAAAUCUUAAAAAACAUAAAAUGAUUCAUACUGGGGAGAAGCCCUUUGAAUGUAACGAAUGUGGUAAAGCUUUCCGGGUGGUGGGACAGCUUAACAUUCAUAAAAGAAUUCAUACUGGAGAGAAACCUUUUAAAUGUAGUGAAUGUGGAAAAGCUUUCAGAGACAGGGGAGGACUUAGUGUGCAUAAGGAAAAGCAUGGAGAAAAACGUUACACAUGUAAUGACUGUGGGAAAACCUUCAGAAACCGGGGAUACUUUCGCAUACAUCGUAAAACUCAUAAUCAAGAGAAACGAUACAAAUGUACUGAAUGUGGGAAAGAUUUCAGCCUGAGAGAAUCCUUUGUUGUUCACCAGAGAAUUCAUACUGGAGAAAAGCCUUAUAAAUGUAAUGUAUGUGGAAAAGCCUUCAUUUACAAUACAUCCUACAGCAAACACCUGAGAAUCCAUACUGGAGAGAAGCCCUACACAUGUAACGAAUGUGGAAAAGCUUUUACUCAGAAGCAUUACCUUACCGAACACGAGAGAAUCCAUACCGGAGAGAGACCUUUUGAAUGUAAUGAAUGUGGGAAGUCCUUUAGGCAGAAGCAAACUUAUAAGGCUCAUAAAAAAAUUCAUACUAGAGAUAAAUCACUUAAGUAUAAUAAUCAGUGAGAGGUUGGAGAGGACACAUUUGAGAAUAUCAGUGGUUGCAUACUGUUGGACAGUUAGUGUAAAUGUGAUCAUUGUGGAAAAGCUCUAAUUUCAACCCAUAGGGAAACCGACCACCUCAGAAUUCAUCUAUAACUAAGACUAUGACUACAAUCAUGGAUUGAUUCUUGCAUGUAUAUUUUAACUUUUUAUUACAGGCUUCAUGUGGAAAUUUUACUGUGGUGUUUUAGUAUGGGAAAUGAUAUACUUCAUAGGAUCAAAGGGUCAUAGAUUUAAAGCUGGACAGGACUUUAAAAGGACAUCGAGUCCAUCUGCCUCAUUUUAUAGACGACACAAAGGAAAAGUUAUUAAGUGACUUGCCCAGAAUCAUAUAGCCAAUAAGUAUAUGAGGCAGUAUUUAAAGGCAGGUAUUCCUGACAGUCUGGUGCCCCACCCACUAGUCUAUGCUUCCUUUAGUCUUGUUACUUGUUAAAUACUGAAAGUCAAAAUAUUAAAAAAAAUUUUCACAAGUUAUUCGGGAAUCAAAGGGAAAAGUAAUAAUCAUAGUAAUAAAUAAUAAAAGAUUUUUAAUAUAGAAUGCUGCCUAUUUUAGUUGUUGAAAUUGUAUGACUAGAUUCUGAAACAGCCCCUAUGGAACAAGUUUCAUAAGUAAUUUUAAUAAAUUGAUAGCAAAAGAUUAAAAAUAGUCACUAAAUAACAGGUGGCUUUCCUAUCAUAAUAGGAGAAUGGAUAGUGUAGUUUCUCUGAAAUAAUUAAUCCUGGGACUUGCUUGGAAGGGUCCACUCUACUCAUUUGACCUGAGGUCUGGAAUGCAAUUAUAGUAGUUGCAAUUAUGAGUAGUUGGAACUCAAAGUUAACUUGAAGGAGUUCUGUUUUAACUAUUGUGAGAUAGAAACCAUCCCAUUUAAUAAUAGGAAUUUGAGAAUAAUGAACUUUUGGUUUUACUUUUUUUUAAAGUAUUUUUUAAUUUUUAAUUUUAUUUUUUUCUCAGUAGUAUUUUAUU